AUGUUGCGAAUCAACUUUCUGCAAUUCUUCUUCGUGACGCUGCUUGUCCUGUCUGUUGUCUUUGCAGCUGACCAGCUCGAGGAUGUCACCCCCCGUGAGUCUCUCCAGGAAGCGCUUGCCGAUAUCAAGGCCACCUCGUUCCACGAUGCUCUGCAUGCUCUCUCCGCCAAGUUUCGCCAUGGAAUCUUCCCGACUGACCUCAACGCCGCUGAGGCGCUUCAAGGCGAAGAACCUGCCAUUGCUACUCUGAUCCGUCUUGCCAAGCGACAGAACAAUGCCACCUCCAGUCCUGAGACCGCUACCUCUGUUGCUGGCGUGACAACCAGCCAGGCAGUCACCGAGCCCACCACUUCGGCUUCGACUGGUGAGCCCACUACCAGUGCUCAGCCCACCACCACUGCAGAGCCAACAACUUCGGCCAGCUCUAGCUCCAGCACUACCACUCGCUCGGUCUCCAAUGAUACCACCACCACCACCGAGCCGACUACCACUGCCUCUGUGCCCUCAACCACUCAGAGUGCUCAAACUAGCCACUCUACCACUACCAGUGUUCCAUCCACUCUGACGACUGCCACGAGCACUUCUUCUAGCUCGUCAUCCACCACUAACAGUCAUUCUACCACCUCCUCCACCACUCACACUACCCAGAACACCAGCUCUUAUACCUCCACCUUCAAGAGCACCACUACCAUGGCCGAUGGCAGUGUGAGCACCAUCACCUCGAUCACCAUUGUCCACCCUACCGCAACCGGUUCCUCCGAGGGCAGUGGCAGCACUGCCCGCCCCGGGCUGCAGACUGGUGGUGCCUCGCUGACCACUGAUCUGACUCGUGAGGUGGUCGCCAUCAUCGGUGGUGCCGUCAUGAUCGCCAUGGCCCUGUAA